UUCCUGUGACAGAAGCAAAGAUGUGUACGUGUCUGCUCUGAAAGCGGCAUUGCCGAAAUGGCAUCAGCGAAGGAAGUAAACUUAAGUACUCAGUAUGCUGAGUUGAAUCGCUUUGCGCAGAAUGGAGAAUAUGAAAGAGCUCUGAAGUCUGCUAAUAAAAUCUUGCAACACGCCCCAGGCGAAGAAAAAGCCUUUCAUUGCAAGGUCGUGUGCUUCAUUAAACUUGACAAGUUUCAAGAGGGUUUGAAAGCAAUUACUAACCAAAGUAACCUCUCCUCGAACUUAAUUUUUGAGAAGGCUUACUGCCAGUAUCGCUUAAACCAGACGCAUGAAGCUCUGAAGACAGUUAAUUCAUGUUCAAACCUCUCACUUAAGUUGAAAGAGCUUAAAGCUCAAAUUCUCUAUAGGCUUGAAAAGUAUGAAGAAUGUUUUGAUGUCUAUCGAGAUAUUAUCAAAAAUAGUAAUGAUGAUUAUGAAGAUGAAAGAGAAGCUAACUUAUCAGCUGUAAUUUCUAACUUGUGUGUGGAAGACCCUAAAAGAGAUGUACCUCAACUUCGUGAGCAUACAUAUGAGCUGUCAUAUAAUGCUGCUUGCCAGCUGAUUAGCAGAGGACAAUAUCAGGAAGCAGAAAAGAAGCUUAAAAUUGCAGAAAAACUUUGUAGGGAAUCUCUAGAGGAUGAUGGUGCAUCGGAAGAAGAUAUUGAGGAUGAACUGGGAAUUAUUAAGGUCCAGCUGGCAUAUUGCUUGCACGUUCAAGGUCGUGAGAAAGAAGCCCAGGCUAUUUACGCAGCAGUUCUGAAACAAAAACCAGCAGAUAUUGGCCUAGUGGCCAUUAUAAGUAAUAACUUGAUUACUCUGAAUAAAGACCAGAAUGUAUUUGACUCAAAAAAGAAAAUAAAAAGUGCCACGCUUGACGGUCUUGAACACAAACUAACUUCACGACAAAGGAAAAAGAUAGCUCUCAAUCAUUGCCUGUUGGCACUUUAUACAAAUCAGGGAGAACAGUGUCAGCAACUAUGUGAACGAUUACAACAGAAUUACCCAGACAUGGGUGUAGAAGCAGCACUAAUUCGUGCUGUACAGUUGGCGAAAGAUGGGAAAACAAAAGAAGCUGCUACUGUGCUGGACAAAUGUUCUGUGAAACACAAGGACAGAAAGCUGGCUCUGAAAUUAGCAGCUGUACAGUUGCUCCUGACAGAUGGUGAUCGCAAAGAAGCUUGCAAAAUUCUUCAGACACUUGGUGAUGCAACAUUUAAACCUGGAAUUGUAAGUGCUCUGGUUACCUUGUACCUUGCUGACAACAAUCGUGAAGGAGCAUCAGUUGUAUUGAAAGAUGCUGUGGACUGGUAUAGAAAGAAUAAGGUCAGCACAGGAGACUUGAGUACCCUUUGGAGACAAGCUGCAGAGUUUCACUUGCGAGGAGGAGAGCCAAAUGUUGCUGCAAAGAGCUUGGAGGAGUUGCUGAGGCUGAAUCCAGGAGACAAAAAGACACUUGCUCAGCUAGUUGUUGCAUAUGCUCAGUUUGAUCCAGCAAAGGCUCAGGCACUGAGCAAGGAAUUACCACCUCUGGACUUCACUAAUAGAGCAGAUGUAGAUGCCCUGGAAACCUCCAAUUGGAUGAUGGGCAGCAAAGUGAUAAAGAAAGCAGCAGCAAAGGUGGAGCCCUCACCUAAACCAGACACACCUCGUGAUGAGCUUCUGCAGAAGAAAAAAUCCAAACGGAAACGUAAGCCCAAGCUUCCAAAGAACUAUAACCCUGAUGUCCCUCCUGAUCCAGAGCGCUGGUUGCCACGGCAUGAGAGGACUGGUUACAGGAAAAAGAAGGAUCGUCGAAACAAGGAUAUUGGAAAAGGUACUCAGGGAGCAGCAACAGGAGCAAGCGACAUGUAUGACAUCACAAAGAUGCCAAGUCAGCAAGUCAAAGCAUCUCCCAACCCUCAUGGAAGUCCUGCACCAGAAAGUGCUGGUCCAAGGCAGCAGCAGAGGAAGGUGCAACAAAAGAAGAAGAAAAAGGGUGGAAAAUGGUGAUGAGAUUUACAAGAUGACAAUGACAAUUAUAGUUCAUGUAUUAAAUUACAGUAUAAAUGCUCUGUGCUCAUGUCAGAUUGUAUACAGUUUCAAAUAAACAUACUUUUUGGUUGAAAAGCAGAAAUGGAA